GCUUGUUUUCUCAAGAUGGAAGGGUAUCUAGCACGACCUCUAACGGUCCGUCUGCAAACUGAGGAGGAUAUCUCAACUCGUGACGUGAUAAUGGCACUCCAGACUGUAGUAGAAGAAGAAAACAUCAAAUGCGUGACUCAGACUCUCCGCCAUGGCGUUUGGCAAAUCUCCUUUGGGAAUCAAACCGCAAAAGACACUGUUUUGAGAGCUGGCCUUGACAUCAAGGAACGACAUUAUGAAUGCGUAGAGCUGUCAGGUUCACGACCACAACAUGCACACCCUGCAGGACCACCACCUGCACUGGUGACAUGUAAGAUGCCAUACGAGAUGCCAGAUGCAACAAUUAAAAGUGUAUUGUCAAAACAUGGCCAUGUGUCACGUGUACACCGUAGAUGCUACUCUUUCGCCCCCACGAUUGAAACAGGAGUUCGAGUAUUCACUGUUGUUAACCCCAAGGGAACCUUUCCUAUCUCAUUGCAAGUUGGCCAUUAUCUAAUCAGAUUUUAUGUCAGAUAUGCAGGUGAACCAACACGGUGUUAUCGAUGUGACGAAGCUGAUCACCACGUGAAAGACUGUCCAAAACCGUCAUCCUUCCGACGCUGUUAUCAUUGCAAUGGUACGGAUCAUGUGUAUAGAAACUGUAAAAAAUACAGUACGGCUAGCACAAGAGCUACAGAACAGAACAGACCAGAACAGUCUGACACAUCUGUGAAAGAGACUACACCACCACUACCUUGUGGUUAUGAGGGCAACUUAUCAGAUGACAAGGAUGACAUCCAACUGAGUGAAUGGGAGACAAAUAAGACAACAAGCUGGUGUGAAGCAGAAUCAAAUCAAGGAACGGCAAGUGAAAGUGACAUGAAAGAGGGCUCUCAGAGUGAUGCAAACGAUAAAAGAACACGCAAAAGAGGAAGGAAUGAAAAAGAAACACUCUCACCAACACCUGACACGAAUACACAGCUAAAACAAAGAAAGAAGAAAAAGAAAAAAGCACGAGAGAAAUCAGCUACUGAACACCCGCAUGUGGAAAACCAGGACGCAUGUGGGACGUUGCCAGCUCCAGUCUAGACUCGACUGGAAAUGUUUUGUGUUUUUUUUCCUCUCUUUCCCUCUCUCGCUCUAAUGACUCUACAAAUUGCUACUCUCAAUGCUCAAGGAAUGACUAACAGGAUGAAACGACAACAAAUUGCAGACUGGAUGAUCAGA